UAUUAAUGGGAAACAAGUGCCUGAAACCUCAUCAUAGUGAAAUGGAUUGCAGAAAUGCUUUUGUUGAUGAGUUUUAUGCAUUUAAGUAAUUAAAUGAUCAGAACACUAAACCAAUUCUUAAUCAAGCUAGUAUAAAAAACUAUCAAUUACUUAAAGUAUUAGGAAGAGGUGGAUUUGGAAAAGUGAUGUUAGUUUAACACAAAAAGAACAGUAACUAAUAUAUUUAUAACUUAAUAGACUUUUUAUACGCAAUGAAGAUAAUUAACAAAAGAAAUCUAACAUCUGAAUGGAUGAGAAGAAGUGCUAAAACAGAAAGGUAAUUGUUGGAAAUUCUGGACAGUCCAUUUAUUGUAAAAUUAAUAGAGGCAUUUUAAACAUAAUAGAAACUAUAUUUAGUUGUAGAAUAUAUGAGUGGGGGAGAGCUAUUUUAGUAUUUGAAACAUUAUGGAAAAUUUUCAGAAGACGUAGCAAAGUUUUAUGCUGCUUAGAUUUUGUUGUCUUUGGAAUAUUUACAUUCAAAUGGUAUAGUGUAUAGAGAUCUCAAGCCUUAAAAUAUAUUAUUAGAAAAAGGAUAUAUUAAACUCACUGAUUUUGGAUUAUCAACUAGAAAAGAUGGACUUUAAUUCUCAAAAUGCGGAACUAUUGAUUAUUUAGCGCCUGAAGUAUUGGGUAAUCAAGGCUAUACAAAUAAGUGCGAUGUUUGGAGUUUUGGUGUUGUUCUUUAUCAAAUGCUAAUUGGAUGUGAUUCUGAUUAAAUUGAAUUUGAAAACGCAUUUAUUUCAAAUUAAGCGAAAGAUUUACUAUCACAUUUGCUAGAUGUGAAUGUUGAUACUAGAUUUACUCUUUAAUAAGCUAAAUAACAUGUUUUUUUUGAUGAUAUUGAUUUUGAAGCCUUGUCCAAAAAGAAGAUUACACCUUAAUCUAUGUUUUUGGAGCAUAGCGUAUAAAAAUUAAUUAAUCUCAUAGAGAUUUAAGUUCUUUUCUAAGAGUUGUUUGGAAUAAUCAGUUAUUGAUACUGAAGAAUCCGAAUGUGCUAGUUAAGUGAGUUAAUUUACAUAUAAUCAAUAUAAGUCCAAAAUCUCACGAGCUAAUACAUUAUGCAGUUCAUAUGGUGUGCCUAAAUCAUUUUGAACAAGAAUAUCUGGCAUUUAUUAUGAUGUAACAAAUUUAAAUAAG